AUGGACGCAGGUUUCUCGACAGAUCUAAAUCCUCCAGUUGCUCCAGCGUAUUAUAAUCCAAGAAUAAUUGGCGGAUAUACACAGCCGUACUAUGAUCCAGCUUAUCCACCGACUAUACCAGGCAGAGUUCCUGUCAACAGGAAUCCAUUUCCCGCAGGAACACCCAUAGCAGGUGCUAACCCAAAUGUACCGCUGAAUCCGGGAGUAUUUGGAACUUAUGAUGAGAGAAGUCGAGGAGGCGUGAAUCCAUAA